AUGUCUACCGAAACACCAAGCCCUCCGUCCUCGGCCUCUCCUUGGGUCGUCCUUGCCAUAACCAGCGGCACCUUUGCCGCAUUGAACGGUGUCUUUGCAAAACUAACAACGGACAAUCACACAUCUGCCUUUGCACACUCCAUCGCCCACCUAUUUGGGCUUGAGUCAUCGCCAUUUAUUGAAAUGCUCGUCAGAGGUGCUUGUCUCGGCCUCAACGUGCUAUGUAACAUUAUCAUGUGGGCACUUUUCACACGUGCAUUGACAGCAGGACCUUCUACGACAAAAGUUUCCAUCACAAAUACAGCUUCCAACUUCCUGGCUACCGCUGUGCUAGGAAUGGUCGUGUUCCAGGAGGCUGUUGGGGGCUUGUGGUGGCUUGGUGCUGGGAUGAUGGGCGCUGGAUGCAUUCUAGUUGGAAUGCGGGAGGGAGCUUGA